AAAAAGGGGAAAAAAAAGAAGAAGAUGAUGAAGUAACCUCAUAGCAAGCACACAAGAAUCAAAAAGAAAGAAAGAAAUCAGAGAAAUAGCUCGUUGAUGAGGAUGAUAUCUCUUCACUUCCCCACUCCCUCCCUCUCUCUUCUCACAUCCCAUUCCAAUUCCAAUUCCAGAUUUUUCAAAAACUCUAAUAAUAAUAAUCCAAUUCCUCGUCUCAACUUCACCAACCAAUCUCAAUCCGUUCCCCUCCCUCCUCUCACUUUCAAAGCAACACAUCCAAACCGUCGGAAUCUGGGCUGCCACGGACUCAAAGAUUCUAGCGAGACAGCGAAGUCCGCCCCGCCGUUAGACUCCGGCGGCGGUAACGGCGAAGGAGGCGACGGCGGAGAUAACGGUGAUGACGACGAAGGCAGUGAAGUGGAGGUGGAGAAAAACAGACUGUUUCCGGAAUGGCUGGAUUUCACGUCGGACGAUGCCAAGACUGUGUUCUUGGCUAUCACAGUGUCUUUGGCGUUUCGAUAUUUUAUUGCAGAACCAAGAUACAUUCCUUCCUUGUCCAUGUAUCCUACUUUUGAUGUCGGAGACAGAUUGGUUGCAGAGAAGGUGAGUUAUUAUUUCAGGAAGCCAUGUGCAAACGACAUUGUAAUCUUCAAAAGUCCACCGGUUCUUCAGGAAGUUGGCUACACUGAUGCUGAUGUUUUCAUUAAACGCAUUGUUGCCAAAGAAGGCGACCUUGUAGAGGUUCAUAAUGGGAAACUGAUGGUUAACGGUGUUCCUCGGAAUGAAAGUUUCAUCUUGGAGCCUCCUGGUUAUGAAAUGACACCUGUUCGGGUACCAGAGAACUCAGUCUUUGUGAUGGGUGACAACCGGAACAACAGUUAUGAUUCGCACGUUUGGGGACCUCUGCCUUUGAAGAAUAUUAUAGGACGGUCAGUUUUUCGGUAUUGGCCACCAAACAGAGUAAACGGGACAGUGCUAGAAGGUGGCUGUGCUGUUGACAUACCGCAAUAGAGCAUAUUUGGAACGUUUUUAUUUUAUUUUUGCAUUUCUUUUGAAACACUUGUGGUGCACAUAGAAAUGAAAUCCAUGUACCUUUUCUUGUGAAGGAUAAAAGAUUGAACACUUGGAAAUUAGAUUGCAGAUUAAAACAAACUAAAAAAACAAA